CCGUGGGGUUUGUUAUUGUUGUUGCUGUGUGCGGUCUACUCGCUGGUAGUGCUGGGAGUUGUUGCCCGUGUGUGCUGCUUCUAUCGUCGCCUGUAUUCAGGCCGAUCGGAACGGAUUUGUAGGCAUGAGCUACUAAAAAUGCUGUUGGUCGUAAUACGGUUGCAUCGAUUUUCUUACAAACCUAAAAGCCUGACAGUGUUACCGUAAAAACAGCCGAAGAAACAUCCACCACACCAUGACGAAUGCCCGCGUGAACUGGGGUGAGCUGUUCCCCAGCCGGGCGAGCGGUUUGAUUUUUAUGACCUACAUGUCACUGUUCGUCAGUCAAGGCAUUCUGGUGACCGCUUCACAACGAUCCGAUAACUCCUACAGCUACAAUACCGUGCUGGUUGUGUUGCUGACGGAAGCGCUGAAACUUGUGAUAUCGGCGGGACUUUACUGUAGAGACAAUAGCUUCCGGUCGCUUAUCGCGCGCGUCGUUGAAGGAAGCGAUGUGCUGCUGCUGUACUUUGUGCCCGCUUUUCUCUACUGUCUGUACAACAACUUAGCGUUUGUGAAUCUGUCCACGUUCGACCCAACGACCUACUAUUUGCUACUUCAGCUGCGCGUUGUUAUCACGGGCAUCCUAUUCCAGAUUAUCUUCAAAAAGUAUCUGAGCCGGAAGCAAUGGUUCUCACUGCUGCUGCUCACUGUCGGCUGCAUGCUAAAGCAAUGGAACUUUUCCAUAUUUUCCACCACGUCCCAGCCUACGGCAGCCGUUGGCGAAACAACGGUCGAAACGGGGAAGCCCGAUCCGGCCGAUGGUACAUUCCGGGGUAAAAACAUCUCUGGGUUCGACCUUAGCUACAGUGCCUUGCUUAUUCUGGUGCAAACGUUCUGCUCCUGCCUGGCGGGCGUAUACAACGAAUAUCUGCUGAAGAAGAAAGGGUCCGACAUCAACAUCUACGUGCAGAACGUAUUCAUGUACCUGGACUCGAUCGUGUGCAACAUGCUGAUACUGCUGCUGCAGGGUGAACUGGUCGGUGCUUUCACGAGCGAGAAUUUGCGUGAAAUUGCACGCUUCGAGGUGAUCGUCAUCAUGCUAAACAAUGCAGCGAUCGGCAUCAUUACCAGCUUCUUCCUGAAGUAUAUGAACUCCAUUCUGAAAACGUUUGCCAGUGCGCUAGAGCUGCUGUUUACGGCCGUACUGUGCUAUUUGCUGUUUUCCAUCCCCAUCUAUCUGAACACGAUGCUGGCAAUCUUUGUCGUGUCCUACGCAAUCUAUCUUUAUUCCCUCAACCCUGUGGUGAACUUGUCCAAAACGCCAACGGCAACCAAGGGUGCACUGAAUGCACUGUCGCACCGAAAUAGCGACGACCGUAAAACGCUACUGACAAUCGGUGGGCAAUCGGGUGGGUCGCGUUCACGGGCAAACGUUAGCGAUUCGGAGGAUGAUGACGGUACCGGGGCACCUAAGAUGGAAGAGGUGUGAUAGGAGGAUGCGCCCGGUAGGCUAGGUACACCAUGUAUGCUUGUACUUUACAUCGUUUAUUCUAUACAAAGUGACUUUGAGUAACAUACACACACACACACACCGUAGGGCAUAGUAGAAGGAUGGUAAAAUUGGUUAGCAAUUUAAUAUCUUUAAGAUGCAGAAUAAAUAUUUAUUUCCUAGUAAGAUCAUA